UCAGUACAACGGGGAGGGCUUUGCUUCCUUUAAUUAAUAACCUGUGGAAUUCAGAAACUCAAGGCUGUCUGUAGUAAAACACCAGUCACGCAGCGUUCGGCUCCUCUUUCUCUCUCGGAAACAUUUCAGACGUUUGUUUUUGAAUAGAGUGCAAAAAAUAUGGCUGAGCAACUGUCUUCAGAUUACUUCAGCUGCCCUCUAUGUACGGAGCUCCUGAGGGACCCUGUGGCGAUCCCGUGUGGUCACAGCUUCUGCAUGGACUGUAUCAGCGGCUACUGGAAUGAGGCUGAUUACACUGGCAUCUACAUCUGUCCCCAGUGUCAGAUCACGUUCACCCAGAGACCCGUGCUGAGGCCAAACGCCACUCUCACCAAAGUUGCGGAGAAGAUUAAGAAGACUGGCUUAAACUUAACGUCUCCUAGUAAUGGAAUCUAUGCUGGCCCCGGGGAUGUUCCUUGCGACUUCUGCAGUGGAAAGAAUUUCAAGGCGGUCAAGUCCUGCCUCAACUGUCUUGCCUCUUACUGCGAAAAGCACCUGAAGCCCCACUAUGAGUCCGCCACAUUCAAGAGGCACAAGCUGGUGGAUGAGCUGGGGAACCUGGACCGUAAGAUCUGCCCUCAGCACCAGAAGAGCCUAGAGUUGUUCUGUCGUACAGACCAGAUGUGUAUUUGUGCUCUCUGUACUGUAAGCGAGCACAAGGGUCAUGACAUAGUCUCAGCCGAAGCAGAAAGGAGUGAAAAACAGAAACUUCUUGGAGUGUCCCAGGCGGAGAUCAAACAAAAAUGCCAGCAGAGAACCAAAGAACUGGAGGAGCUGAAGACAGCAGUGGAUUCCCUAAAAAGCUCUGCACAAAGAGCAAUGACCGAAAGCAAGAAGAUGUUUGAUGAGAUGAUCACCUCCAUUGAGAGGAUGAGGUCAGAGGUCACCAAACUGAUCAACAUCAAUGAGAGGGCUGCAUUCAGUCAGGCAGAGGGACUGAUGGAGCGACUGGAGCAGGAGAUUGAAGAACUGAAGAAGAAAGAGAGUGGACUUAAACAGCUUUAUAGCACUGAUGAUCACAUUCACUUCUUACAGAAUUUCAAUUAUCUCUGCACCCCAACUGAUGACGGCUUCAUACCCAGAGUGUCUCUGAAUCCGGACUUUUCCUUCAGUGCAGCCAGGAAGGCCGUGGCUGAGAUCAAAGAGAAGCUGGAGGAGCUGGGCAGAGAUGAACUGCGCAAAAUCUCAAAAUCAGUGAACGACGUACCAGUGUACACUGUGGAGAAUCGCACCAAGGAGAAAAGUACCAGAGUUAAAGAAGUUCAUACAGUGGACAGUUCACCUCCUACAGAACCCAGGACAAGAUCUGAAUUUCUGAAAUACUACUGUCAGCUGAGACUAGACCCCCACACGGCGCAUAAGGAGCUGUUCUUAUCUGAAGGAAACAGAAAGGUGAUUAGAACCCGAGACCUGCAGCCAUACUCAGAAACCCAAGAUCGCUUCGAUAGCUUUGCCCAGGUGCUGUGUCGUGAGGCUCUGUCAGGUGGCCGUUUCUACUGGGAAAUCGAGUGGAGUGGAGAAUUCUCGAUUGGAGUGGCCUAUCGGGGCAUUAGCCGUAAGGGUAAAGGCUCCCUGUGCUUGCUGGGCUACAACGAUAAGUCUUGGAGCCUCCUCUGCUCUGACACAGGGUACUCGGCCUGGCAUAACAGGGUAGACAAGGCUGUUAGUGGCCCUCACUCUUCGAGAAUAGGGGUCUUCCUGGACCACUCUGCAGGGGUGUUGGCCUUCUACAGUAUUGGUGAGACUAUGACACGUCUCUAUCGUUUCGAGACCACAUUUACUGAGCCCAUUUAUCCUGGGUUUGGGGUUGGAACGUCAGUCAAGAUCUGUCAAUUAAAAUGAACACUACAUGAGUUGUGUAAUUUUCAUGAAGAAUCUAAAGUGGAGGACAGACAUUUUUGCUCUUUAUUCUAUGAUUUUUUUUACUCUGCAUGUCUUUUAUGUCGAAUGCCAUUUGUCAGCCGUUUAAACUAUUUUAACAGGUUCUGAAGGAAUAAGGUAACUUUUCAGUAAUGAUCCUAUCUGCAGAAUAUAUAAUGUUCUCCUAAAUGAAGGCUUAAAUGAAGAAAAACUCUUCUAGAUGCUAAUAUCUUCUUAAGUUAAUAUUAUUAUGUGUAUUCAAAUGCAAAAGCUAUUCUCAUUGUCAUUGUAAACCAACAUUAUUCAGCAAUGACAUCUUUAUAUUUCAAUAAAGUUUUAAAGUUGUUAUA